AUGGGUUUAAGCUUCCAGGGUGAGUUGGAUAAUGCUUCAAUGGUGGCGGCAACGUUGGAGUUUCGAUCUCCGCCGCCGUUGGUGGAGGCGUGGAGGAGUAAUUGUCCGCCGGAGCCGCCGUGCCAGACGGAGGAAGGGAAGCCAGCUGCAAAAGCUGUUUGGUGUGUUGUUAUCACCCACGGUGGGGAUGCCGUGUCGGUGCCAGAAGUGGAGGUCGCCGAUCUUGGAGCUGACGACCGUGAGCAGCGUGGUGAGCUUGGUGCUGUAGCUGCUGGCACUUUUGCCUUGUAUAAGAAGCAUCAGUCAAAGAAAGACCCUGAGCAUGCCCACAAGCAUAAGAUAGAGGAAGAGAUUGCAGCUGAGGCUGCAGUUGGAUCUGGUGGGUAUGCAUUCCAUGAGCAUCAUGAGAAAAAAAAUGCCAAGGAAGAAGAGUUUCUGGUAUGUGUUUGUGGUAUGUGUUGAAAACU